GGAGGAGGCGGCCGCCGCCGCCAUCGCCAUGGGCAUCCAGGGGUUGGCGGGCUUUGUGGAGGAGCGCGGGGUGUUCUUCACCGAGCUGCGGGUGAGAGACACCAAGCUGGUCAUCGACGGGAGCAGCCUCUACCACCAGCUGUGCUUCGCCUCCGCCGUCGACUUCCGCCGCGGCGGCGAUUACGGGCCCUUCACGGCGGCCGUGCGCGACUUUUUCGGCAGCCUGCGGGCCUGCCGCGUCGCCCCCUUCGUGGUGCUGGACGGCGGGCGCGGCGCCGACGACAGGAAGCUGCCCACGAUGCGAGGCCGCGCCGCCGAGCGGCUGCGGGCAGCCUACGGCCUCUCCCGCGGCGAUGGCGGCUGCCUGGUGCCACUACUGACGCGCGAGGCCUUCGUGCAGGCGUUGGGCCGGCUCGGCGUGCCCUUCGUGCAGUGCUUCGCCGAGGCCGACCGGGAGAUCGCUGGCCUGGCCAACCGCUGGGGCUGCCUCAUCCUCUCCCUCGACAGCGACUUCUGCGUCUUCGACCUGGCAGCCGGCUACUGCCCCCUGACCCACUUCCAGUGGCAGAGCGUGUGUGCAGGAGAAGGGGUGCAGGGCUGCUACGUUCCCGCUCGCUGCUUUUCCGCGGAGAAGUUUUGCAGGCACUUCAGUCACCUGAACAAAAGCCUGCUCCCUCUCUUUGCCGUCAUGAACGGGAACGACUACAUCGAUCGGGCAGCUCUUGAGGCCUUCUUCAGCAAGGUGCGCUUGCCAAGGGGGUGGGCAGUGGGGAAGGGGAGGAAGUACGCCCACCUUCAGGGGCUUCUGAACUGGCUGUCGCAGUUUGCUGGGCCCACCGAGGCUGUCGACAAUGUGCUGAAAUACCUUAAAAAACACCAGAGAGACAAAAUAAGGGAGCUUCUGUGCACUUCAAUGGAGGAUUAUACUCCCUCCAAUGUGAAUCUUGAGGACUUUUUUCAGAAUGGAAAGUAUGAAUGUGAGGCUGCCAGGAAAGCAGACUUACCACAGUGGGUACUCGAUGCUUUGGCAAAAGGUAAGCUGGCCCCAUUUAUCAGCGAUGCCCUGAUACUAAGAAGUACCUUCCUCCAUGUUCAGGUGGAGAACAUGCAGAGACCUAGCGCACAUAGCACAGCUUUGCCCAUUCGACAAGUUAUCUAUGGACUGCUUCUGAGAGUAUCUCAAAGUACUGAGGCUGCUUCUCCAAGUAAACAGACCAACGAGCUGCCAGUUGUAUGUGAAUUUGACAGACUCCAAAAGACACUUAAAAAAACAUUUGUUCAAGCAGCAAGCCGACCCACAGAUUUCCGUGAUUAUCAUUUUCCUUUGGACAAGUUAAUGGAGGUGCCCAUGUCAUGCCGUCAGAUGCUUUUGCUGGAGACUCUAGGAGUGAAAAUGAGUUUCCUAGAAUCUAUCCCCAGUCACUUACAACUCCCUGUUGCUGUAACGUGUUACUGGAUAUUUUGUUCAGAACCAAAAGUUAAGUUGCAUCAAUUAAAGGCUUUACUUCUAAUGAUAGUAUCUGGAGAACUGCACAGGAUAACAAAUGAUCCAGAUCUCACAGUUUUAUGUACUGAAGAUGACAGUAUUGCAUACAAUGAAUUUCUAAAAUGGAAGGAAGAGAAAUUGCAAAAUAAAGACUUCGAUUUAGAUGCUGCACACAGUUUUUGCCAGUGGCAGUGCUGUCUUCAGAUGGGAUUGUAUCUUAACCAGCUACUUUGCACUCCUCUCUCUGAGCCAGACCUAAGUAGGCUUUACAGUGGGACCCUUGUACACAGACUGUAUCAGGAACUUAAAUCAACACCUUCAGUGGAAAAUCUGUUUAGUUUAUCUCCAAAAAUGAUUCAGCUUUAUCAGGUUUUGUUAAAUACAGUGGAGUCAACUGUAUCUCCAGACUUCAUUCAGAAAAUGACCAAGACCAAAUCUGAGUCCUGCAAAAAGAAGAAAGCAUCUAAUAAGAAAAAAAAGGCCAUUAGAUGUGCUGUACCAGAAACUCGGCAUUUAUGCAAUGUUAAUAGGUUUGCAUCACUUCGAGUGGAUGACUGA